AUGGUUUCAAUUAGAUCAAAUUUACAAAAGGCUUUAUUUCAGGAAGACGGAGAACGAUUAUUGGCUGUUGCGAAUGUUAAAAAAACUUUGAAAAAGGGAAGAGAAUUGUAUUUGUGUUUAGUUGUUACGACAACACAACCAGUUUCUGCACGCAUUUGGAUGGUUAAAUCAGAAAAAGAAAAUUCUUUUUCAAAAAAAGAACAUUAUGCUCUUAGAGACAUUCGUUCAGUUGAUGGAAUAAAUCCAAGAAAGCCUCUUCCAGACUUUAAUUUGACUAUUAAAGGACAAUUAUAUCAACUAUAUUCAAAUACUGCAGAAGAAAAAGAGUUUUUUAUCAGACAAUUAUUUAAGUUUUCAAAUGCCAAUUUGCCUAUUCAAAAACCAGAAUUUGUUAAUGUGUCUUUACCUGUUGAUACUUUACCUUCAAAAAAUGGAAGCGUUAAUGAAGAAAAUUUUGACGGAGAUUCUAAAACUCCUGCGGAAUUGGAUACAAAUUAUCAGCCAAUUUCAUUAAAAGAAGAAAACGAUUUUCGUCAUUUACUCGAAAAAGCAAAUUUACAAAUAGGCCAAGCUAGACAAUUUUCGUCUUCUUUAAAUGACCAACUUUCCCAACUUGACAGUGCAAAUUUAUCGAGUAUUAUGGAAAAUGAACAAAAUGUUGCUGAACUUAUUGGACUUAUUGAUACAGCGAUUGAAUUGGCAGAAUGUGUGGAAAAACAGUUGGAUGAAUAUGACACCUUGUUAUCGUUUGUUAGAGACAGUGUGGAAUUAAUUGAAGAAAAGGACAGCCUUCGACAUAUUGAACAACAAAAUAAUAAAAAAUUGGCUACUGAACUAGAAGAUUUUGUUUAUCAAUUAGAAAUGGUGCAAGACCAGCAUAUUGAAGCUUUAAAAAAUGCGAAUCUUUCAGAUCCUAUAAGUAUAAAUUUGUGUUGCCGUGCUGCUCGAAUUAUUGAUCAUUUUAUAACAAAAAAGUCUGAAUUAAAUUCAAUGCAAGCUUAUCAUUCUAGAAUUGAAAUGCUAAACAAAAUUACUUCAGAAUUUGUCGACAGAUUUUAUGCACAUAUUAGUACAAUUUUUGGAAAUAUGGAUUCAAUGUUAGAAAACCAACAUAUUGGUGAAAUAAUAAUGCAAAAACAUUCACAAAGGCAUAGAGCACUUUUACCUUUCUCAGAUUUAAUUUCUUGGUUAAAACAAACACGCCCAAAUAUUUAUAAAAAUGUUUUGGACCGUUAUAAUAUUGAAGCACAAAAAUUAUAUAAAAAAGAAUUUGAUAGAUUUUUUUCUGAAUUAGCAACAAGAGAAGCUUCUUCCUUAACAAAUAAUAAUUGGAAAAAUUCUUCUAAUAAUUUAAUUAAUGAACAAAAUAUUGAAGUUUAUACAAAUUUAAUAGAAACUGCUGUAGCUGAAUGCCGUGUUGUUGUAGAAAGUGAACAAAAAUUUUGUAUUCGUUUUUUUCAUUUAAAUACGGAUGUAAUAUCUCAAUUGGACAGUGAACUUAAUAAUAAAAAUGGCGAAUCAACAAAUAAAACAAUGGAAAAACAAUUAAAUGACCAGAAUCAAAUAGAAAAUUCAUUUUCAAAAAUUUCAAUAACAAAAAGACAAAGAAUUGGAAUUUUGGAUACAAUUGGACGUUUUGGCUCUUUGGCAAAAUCUUCAAUAAAAAUAUUUGCUGAAUCUGAAAGGAAAGUUGAUUUGGAUAAAUGGCUAGAAAAGUUAACUAUAGCAAUAAUUAUUGGGAUUGAUAAUGCUGCUGAAUCGCCAAAUUCAAAAUGCCCAGCUUCGGUUGUUAGAAUGGAAAAUUUUCAUGCUUUUUAUUCAAUACUUUCUGAAUUAAAAAUUCCUUGUUUGGAUGCUCGUCGAAAAGAAGUUAGACAAAAAUAUCAAGAAAAUGUAACAAUUUAUGUUAGAGAAAUGUUGGGAAGACCUUUGGAAAAAAUUCAUAAUUUCUUUGAAAGAAUUGAACGUUUAAUGGAAAAUGGAAUAUCUCCACAAGAAAUAAGUUAUGAACAACAAUUUUCUAGAAUAGAAUUAAAACGAGUAACAACAGCAUAUCCAGCAAAAGAAGUUAAAAAAGGAUUGGAAAAUUUGUACAAAAAAAUUGAAAAACAUUUGAGUAGUAAUGAUUCUUCUUUAUUGCAAGUUGUUUGGAGACAAAUGCAAGAAGAAUUUCUUAAUCAAGUUAAACAUUAUCAACAAUUAAUCUCUAAAUGCUACUUAGGCUCUAAAAUUGAACUUGAAGUUGGAAUAGAGGAUAUAUUACAAUUUUUUAGUGAAAUUGCUCAGAAACAUUGA